AUGCUCCCGGGAACUCCCUCGAACACCGUGGCUCCUCCAGGAACCAGCAACCGGAAAAUUCCCUCCUCCAGCAAUUCCCCAACCAAUGGGAACUCUCCGGGAAUCCCCGCGAGAGCUCAAGCGGAACUCAACGUCAUCAUCUUAAUGCCCAGCCUCACCGUGGGCACCUUCGUGGGCACCUUCGUGGGCACCUGGAAACUAGUGGACAGCAAGAAUUUUGAUGACUACAUGAAGUCACUUGGUGUGGGCUUUGCUACCAGGCAUGUGGCCAGCAUGACCAAGCCCACUACAAUCAUCAAAAAGAAUGGGGACACCAUCAUCUUAAAAACACAGAUCACCUUCAAGAACACGGAGAUCAGUUUUCAGCUGGGGAAGGAGAUUGAUGAGACUACAGCAGAUGACAGGAAGGUCAAGUCCACUGUGACGCUGGAUGGAGGAAAACUUGACCAUGUGCAGAAGUGGGACGGGCAAGAAAUUACGCUUGUGCGGGAGCUAAAUGAUGGGAAACUCAUCUUGACACUCACCCAUGGCAUUGUAGUGUGCACUCACACUUAUGAGAAAGAGGCAUGACCCACCAGCACUGUCACUGACUGUUCCUCUGUCAACUGGCCACCCCUGGACUCAGCACCACAUUGCCUCAUUUUUUUUUCCUCUAGCAUUUUGUAUAAACCUACUUUGGGGAAUUCUUCUGGGAUCAGGUGACACCAGCCUGGAUCUCCAGUUUCCACUGUGUAUGUAUGUGUUUCUUUUCUUUUUUUUAAAACUGUAUCUAAAUAUGCUCUGAAGUCAAUAAAGCAGAGCAGAGACCCCGCAGUUGCCUCUGGUGAUGUGAAAAAAAAAAAAAAAAGAAAAGAAAAGAAAAAAGAAAUAAAUUCAGAAAA